AUGGAAAUUUUUUUGUACUAUUUUCAGGAACUAAAACCACGUUAUUGGUUCGCAGCACAUAUGCAUUGCUCCUUUUCUGCACUGGUGCCACAUCCAAACAACAAUGAGGAUGCUGAAAAUGAUGAUUUUGAGCCAACACGAUUCUUAGCACUGGAUAAGCCAAUUUCCGGGAGACAUUUCCUGCAGGUUUUAGAAUUUGAUGUGGACGAGAAUGCAUCGAUGUGCCUUUCAUAUGAUCCAGUGUGGUUGGCUAUUCUGAAAGCAACAGAUGCGUUCACAUCAACAAACAAAGCGAAAACUUAUAUGCCAUCGCACCAUACACGCAACGAGCGCUGGGAUUUUAGGCCAACUGAAGAAGAACUGAAUGAAGUGAAGGAGUUGUUUGGCGACAAUUUCGUAAUCCCAAUGAAUUUUCAAAUGACAGCGGAGCCGCAUUGUUCACAGGAAGGCCCUGUCGCUGAAGAACUUUAUUACAGGAAUCCACAAACGACAGAAUUUUGUAAUAAGUUAGGAAUCAAAGAUUUGAAUGAAAUGCUUUGUGCCCUUUCAAUGCAAGGACUUGGUGUUCCCUACUAUCUCAGACAGCAAAGCAGUAAGCCAGAAAAUGACGUUUCCGUCACUGAUCGCUCAGAAGUAAUUGUUUUUUUUUUCGUUUGUUUUAAGAAAGUAUUGAAAUUUUGCAGUUUUUCCUUUUAA